CGGGCUGCGGAGAGACAACCAACCGACUUUGGGCAGCAGGAACUUGGGGCGCCGGCGCCAUGGACCUGGUCAUAACGCAGGAGCUGGCCCGCGCCGAGAGCCAGCAGGAUGCUGCCUCCCUGGAGAGGGCUUAUCAGCUGAUUAAGUCCGCCAACCUGGGCAAGUCGGAGUUCGACCCCACAGAAAGCUUCAGCCCCGACCUGUUUGUUUUGUGUGCGGAACAGGCCCUGAAGAUGGGGCGGCCCGGGGUGAGCCAGGACUGCAUCCAGAUGUACUUCAAGGUGAAGGGCCCCGUCACCCAGUUUCUGGGCCGAGCGCACCUGUGCAGGGCCCAGCUCUGUGCCCCCAAGUCCACAGAGGACAUGGAGGACUUUGAAAAUUGCGUGACUCAGUAUAUGAAGGCGGUCAACUUUGCAAGAGGAGAACCGAGGUAUCACUUCUUGGUGUACAAUGCAUCCGUCCUCUACUGGCAAAUGGUGAGGCCCUUCCUCAAGCCCGGAUACCGCCGCCACCUGAUCCCCAGCCUCUCCCAGAUCGUGAACGUGCUGAAUCAGAUCGAGGAGGAAGACAAGGACUGGCGGGCAGAGCUGAUGCUGGAGCUUCUGGAGUGUUAUCUGCAAGCGGGAAGAAACGAGGAGGCCGCGGAGUUCUGUGCCACCGCGGCGCCGUUCAUCCGAGCCCACGCGCCCCGCAGAUACCAGCAGGUGUUUGCUCGGAUGGUCCGACACGGGUUAACGGGGGAGCUGCAGUUGAAGGAAGAAACGCGGACGUCCGCCGGCCUGGCCGUCACCUUCCACAUCAACUCGCUGCAAGCAAGACUGGAUAAAAACGAUUUGCCUGGAGACAUCCCCGGAAUUCUGAGGGAGGCCUACGAAGACUUAGGCCGCGGCAGCCACGGGCGCGUCCCUUCCGCCGCUGAGGACCAAAUUCUUUUGCUUUUUGAAUUGGCUCACCUUUCUCUGACCUUGAAAUGUGAGGAGGUCUGCUCUGACUGCCUCUCGGACUUGAAGAAAAUGGACCGCAAAGACCCUGGCGAGCUGAUUGAAACGGAAUGCUUGGAGUGCGCGUUAGAAGCUCUAAGACUGGAGCGGAAAGUUAAAAUCUACACCCGAGAGGCCGUGGAGACCCAGCUGACGGUGAUACAGAGACUCGACCUCGCCCUCCAGCGAGCCGUCCGGCUGGGCGAGCCCCGGGUCACCCACGUGGUGUGCAGCACGCAGUGGAACGCGUGCCUCCCUCUGCUGCAGCACAACCUGCGGCACCACCUGCGGAAGCCGCUGACCAACAUCGCGGAGGCCCUGGAGACGGUGGACAGCCUCUUGGUCCCGCUCCGCUGCCAAGUGCACAUGGAGGUGGCGCACAUCGAGGAGGACGCCGACCGCCUGGAGCCGGCCAUGGAGCACCUGAGGAAGGCCAUGCUGCUGGACAGCCUGGGCCUCUACCAGGACGGGCUCAGGACGGCCUUCAACCGCCUGCGCCUCUGCACCAUGCUGUACCAGACCCCCGAGCGCGCCGAGGACAAGGCCACCAUGGCCAUCGAGCAGGCCAAGAAGGCCCUGGCCAAGGACAGCGUGCGCAAGAAGCGGGCCCUGCUGGUGAACGCGGGCCUGGCCCUGGCCCCCGACACCUUCCAGGUCGUGCUCGACAGCGAGAACGAGGCCAAAGUCUCCAUUGGGAAGAGCCGUGGCCGCUUCACCCACCUGUUCGCCAAGGCGCGGCACCACUCCCUCAGCGUGGACAAGGCCGCCGGACACCUGCGGCGCCUGGGGAGCAGGAACGACAAGGAGAGGAUACAGAUCUGGGCAGAGCUCGCCAAGGUGGCCCGGCAGCAGGGCGUGUGGGACGUGUGCCGUGCAGCCUGCCACUUCUGCCUGCUCUACGACAGUGUCAAGGUGAAGAAGCCGGCCAGGCUGAAGAGAGGAAAGAAGAGGAAGGGCGGGGAGGGUGCCAGGCAGGACUCCCGGAACCACUCGGACGCCGCCCUGCAGAAGCAGAUGUCCCCCAGCCUGCUGCGCACGGUCGCGGAGGUGGGGUUCAUUAGCGCCGAGGCCACCGUCCACCUGCUGCAGUCGGAGGGUGUGCAGCUGAAUGACCGCCCCACGCCCCCCAAGGACCUGAGCCAGCACCCAGUGGGCUACGUGCCUGAGCGCCCGGAGGACAACGCGGAGUGGGUCGUGUACCGGACCUGGAUAGAGAGCCUGUCGCAGCACGCCAUGAACAGCUGGCUGCGCUCGGCUGAGAUCGGACACGAGCUGCGAGAAGCGUGGAUCGUGCACAACGCCGUGGUCUACGUCCUCAACCACAACCAGCACCUCAUCAUGGCUGGGCGGCAGAGGGAGCUCGUGGACCCCUUGUACCACCUCCUGGGCCUUGUCAAGGCCACGGGCCACAGCGGAGACCCCGUGCUGCUGGCCGCGCUGUGCAGCGCUCUGGCCCGAGGCCUGAUCGUCACCUGGAUCCCGGCCCCGAUGCCAGAGAAAUCCAGAAAGCAGGCGCGCUCAAACCCGCUUCACACACCGCUGGACCCGGAAGCCGCCUCUGAAGUCAGGACUGCAGUGGAGGUCUGCGAGUUCGCCCUGAACCUGACCAACGGGACGGUGCCCGAGGACGCGGUGCCCAUCAAAGCCCGGCAGCAGCUCAUCGCCACCUGGGUGAAGGCCAAGCAGCUGCUUCAGCAGCAGGUCGGGCCCCGGCUGGGCACGGACGAGCAGGGCACCAAUGAGGACGUCACCUCUGUGACCAGGGUUCUCGUCGCCUUGGAGCUCUACUCCUGCAACGGGCUGGGCCUCAUGGACUUCACUGUCCCCCCAUUGGCCCAGCUGGUGAAGAUGAGCGCCGCGUGCAGCUGGUCGGACCCCCUGGUGGAGCUGCAGACGCUGACGCGACUGACCCACUUCAGCUACAUGGCCCGGGACCACGAGGCCACCAUGGCGUGCUCGCAGCGGGCCAUCCAGACGGGCGUCAAGUCCCUGCGGGCCUCCAGUCAGGCGGAGGCUCAGCUGGUGGCGGAGAUGCUGAGCACCGCGGCCUGUAUCCAGGGCCAGAGCAUCGUGGACAACCUCAAGGGCCGGAAGCAGCUGCGGCUGACGGCCGCCAAGGCCUUCAUGGAGGGCGCCAGGUUCGGGGGCCUAGCGGGGAGCAGCGCGCUCGUGAUGCUGGCCGCGCGGCACUGCUGGAACAGCUGGCUCCCGCUGCUGUCGUCCGCCGUCAGCAGGAGGCAGUGCAGGGGCCCCGCCCAGCGGCUCCUCAGCAUCAUCAGCAAGACGGAGGCCAGGAAGCAGGAGAAAGGACAGACGCUGCCCCUGCACCAGUGGCCUACAGCAGACUUCCACGGUGGAGGGGCCACCGACGGGCAUUUCCUCCCAGGGGCCGAGGACGACUUGACGCUGCGCGCCGCGCUCUACGGCCUCCUCUUCCACAGCUACGCCGACCAGGAUGACUGGGAGGGCGGCCUCAAGGUGCUGGACGAGGCCCUGCAGGUGCUGCCGCGGACCGCGCACCGCCUCUUGAUUUUCAAACACAUGGUCAUCGCGAAGGCCAAACUUGGCCAGAACUUUAUGAUGGAAAUUCAGAAAUUCAAAGACCAGAGUGAGGGCUACUUGGCACACAUGUGGCACCGCCUGGCCCUGAACUCCAGGAGUGUCCACGGGGAGCUGACCUGCUACCACAACGCCAUCCAAGCCCUGCAGAAGCCGGAGAGCGAGUGGCAAAAGUUUGACUACAUCAUGGAGUUUAGCCAGUGGCUGUAUCACAAACAGUUUCCUCUUGAAGACGUGAUCUUCCACCUGCAGUGGGCCGUCGACAUUCUGCUGCAGAUGCAGCAGGACAGGGGCACACCUGAGCCGGCAGAAGAGCACGCAUCCGCUCAGGCCACCCUGGAGGGUCCAGACCCCGAGGACGCCAGGACCACCUCCCUGGAGGGGCUGCGGAGUGUGCGGCAGCUGGAAGCGCUGGCCCGCGCCUACACGCUGCUGGCCCUGGUGGCGACCCCGAGCGACGCCCGCCACCAGGACUACUGCCUCAUGGCCUACACGUCCCUCUGCCGCAUCUGGCAGGUUUCUUUUUCAACAGCAGGAAGAUCCCUCUCAGAAAGUAAAAUCCCAACAGCAGCAAGUUCACAGUUGCUGUUGCCUAAAAAGGAGAAGGAGAAAAGCCAAGACCGAGAGAAGGACAAGGACAAGGGCAGAGGUCCCAAGCAGCUUCACAGCCCGGCUGCUGGCAGGCGACUUGAAGACCUACCAGCGAGCCUUGAAGAGUGGGCUUCCUACGCCUGCCCCGAAGAAGUGAUGGCUGUGUUCCAGCAGGAUCGAAGCGACUUUACUAUCAACCCAUGGAGUGUGGAGAAGCCGACCUAUGCUUUGUACUACGUGGACCGCCUGGUCAAGGCCCUGCAGGACGCCCUCCUUCCUGAGCUCACCAUCCCGGUCCUGCAGCUGGGGCUGCUCAUCGCGGCCUCUGUGGUGGAAAGCCAGAGCCUCGAAGGCCUCUACCACCUCCGGCUCGCCCUGGUCUGCUCUGACCUGAGGUUGAGGGAGGCAGCGAAGUACCACGAGGACGCGGCCGGGCAGGCGCACAUCACCGAGGUGGAGCAGGCCAGCUGCAGAAAAGAACUUGCCUUGAGAAAGGAGAGAAACAGGGGACCGCUAUUGGAAGAAAGUCUACCAACCCCGAGCGAGGCCCCGGCUCCCGCUCGGCAGGCAGAGAUGAAGCCCCUCGUGGCAGAGGACAAGCUUUUGAUGAUCAACCGAGAGACCGGCAAGGGCCUGGAUGGAGCCGCCCUGCCUCAGCUGUGGACCCUCAAGGCGGAGGUGCUGCUGGACAUGGGCCUGUACCAGCCCGCGAGGCUGCUCCUGUCGGAGGCCCACCUGGCCUUCCAGGAGCUCAACGAUCCCUGUGCAGAGUCGAAAUGCCUGCACCUGUUGGCGCAGUUGGCGAACAAGGAGAAGAACCACGGGCAAGCGAAGGAGCUGGUGGAGUGGGCCCAGCGUCUGGGGGGGGGCGCGGAGUUCUGGUACAGCUCCUCCCUGACGCUGGCCGAGGCGCUGCUGUCCCUGGAGCCGCUGGAGAGAAGAGAGGCUCAGGUCUGCCAGCUGUUCCAGAAGCUCAUAGGUACCUUCGACGUCCUCAAGAAGGAAAGACCCAACCAGAUGCCCAUGUUGGAAUUCAUGACCACGGACCUAGAAGCCAGGUGCGUGAGCCUCCAGAUCAGAGCCAUGCGGGAGCCCCUGGAGGACCCCCUUCUGCUGGCGGAACUGGGUGAUCGCUUGCUGGAAAUUGAGGAGAAGUUUCUCAGCUGCGGCUACACAGAGAGGGGCAUGGACAUGAGGCUGGAGCGCGCCAAGAUGAGGAGGUUAUCUGCCCAGAGUGAGAAAGACGAAGAACGAAGAAGUGCCUGUUACCUGGAAGUGUGUGACCUGGUCCAGAGGGCGGUCGCCGAGGAGGAGGCGGCGUUUCACCGCGUUCGGGGCCUGCUGUCCCUGCAGGAGUUACAGAACGUCAAUAGCCCGCUGAUGCGGCGGCUGGCGCGGCUUAAGUGCAGCCUGGUGGAGGUGUGUCUGGACCUGCUGCGGCUCACGUGGGAGGAGGCCCAGGAGCGGGAGCUGCAGCAGGGCUCCGUGGACCGGCUGCUGGCCGACUACCUGCGGAGCCCAAGCGACUACACGUCCGUUGGCCUGAAAUGGUUCACCCUGAAGCGGACCCUGACCCACACGGUGCUGGCCCAGCUGGGGAGCCUGCAGCCUCUGUGCGCCCGCUGCGUGGAGCUCCGCGCGCAGCUCCUGGGCCUGGCCGGGAAGGCCCUGCACCUGCUGGCCAUGCGCGCAGAUCCCGUGCGCCCCGCCUUCUACUGGGAGGAGAGCCCUCUGGCGGGUGCUGAGCCGAGCAGCCUCAGGUGUCUGGAGAGCAUCCCGGAGGAAGGGGACCAGGAGGGGCUCCACUGCGACCUGCCGGCCUCCAGGGCGGCCCCCGAGGAGCACAGCAGGGAGGGCUCGGAUCUGAAGGUUGGGAUGCCCGCCUCGCCAGCCCCGUGCUCCCAGCCCACGGAGCCCGCCCGAGCCCGCGCCUCGCAUCUGCAGAGGAGGAUGGCGCUGGCCCAGCGGUACCUGGCCCAGGCGUCCGAGGUGCUGCUGCAGUGCCUGCAGGUCGCCCUGGGCAGCAGCCUCCUGGACGUCGCUGCAGCCGCCAGCCUGGAGCUGGUGGAGUGCAGCAGCAACCUGGACCCCGCAGCCACCUGCCAGUUCCUGGCCCUGUCGCAGAGCUGCUCGGCCUCGGAGACCAUGCGGGACGUCCUGCUCACGGCCACGGCCGACACCAGCAGCUCGCAGCUGGCGGCGCUGCUGCAGCUCCAGCACAGGCUGAAGCACCAGGGGAGGAUGUCCAGCAGCCUGUUUGCCAGCGUGGAGCAGAAACUGGCCACCAUAUCCAAGGCUUGGCAAAACCUCCGGGUCACCGAACAGCAUUUUAACCUCUUGAACGAGAUUCCUCCCGCUUUUCGGAUCCUCUUUUUGCACCACUCGGGGGACAGGACUCAUCUGUACGGCGCCGCCUAUGAGAGACCCAAGCUCGUCCCUUCAGCCAAAGGCAAAAUGCUGCAGGUGGGGGGCUCCUGCAAGGUGGCUCGAGUGGCCACGAGCCCAGCCGCCUUCUCCUGCCUGUUGGCCAGCGUCCAGCAGUUCCGGGAGCAGAGCCAGUCCAAGGCAUACAGUGAGGACGUGGCCCUGAAUCCAGGCUUGAGUUUCUCCGAGGUCUUGAAGCUCAUGGAGGAGUAUCUGAGGCCACUGUUCCCCCUGCUCAGCUGCCUCCCGGAAACCAGAGCGCAGAUUCCCACGGUCGUUGCAGAUUUGGGGAAAUCCAAGGUGAAAGACAGGGAGAGGAAGGUGUCCAUGCCCCAGGUGCAGCCCGGGGUCGCAGACAACAUCAUCCUGAUUGCGGGCGGGCAUCUCCUGCAGCUGCCGUUGGAAGGUCUCUCUGUGUUUGACGAAGACACAGUCUCCUCCAUGUCACGAGAAUUUUCUCUCCAGAUGCUGUGGAAUCGCCUCCGUAAAGAGGAGACGGCAGAAGGGCGCGUGAGUAAAGAGAGCAGCGGCAAAGACCGCAGAAAGCGGAGCCGAGCGAAGAAGGGCCAGAAGGCCAGCCUGCCACGGGUCCCCCCCGCCAGCUGCAUCACUGUGGACUCGGACCACUUCAGAUUCGUCGUGGACCCCUACGAAGAGGCCCAGGGCGCCGAAGUGCUGACUCCUGUCUCCGUCACCCGGGAAAUUCUGGACAGAUUCGGAGACGCGUUCACUAUGAGAUGGAGGGGACAUCUGGGAAGCACGCACUUUCCAAGCCAGGCCGAGUGGGAGCAGCUCCUGGGCAGCUGCCAAGGCUUCUUCUUCUACGGGAUGGAGAACUUUCUGUCUCACAUAUUAGUGGAAAGGUUGGCUGCCAUGAACUUGGAAGAGUGCCAGAUGGCCGUCCUGCUGGACCUGACACGGUCCUACGAGAGCAUGCGACGGCACGUGGAGUCCUCCGAGCAUAAGAGCGCCCUGCAGCUGGCCUUGGAGGGGUCCACGGAGACCGCCAUCCUCCUGAGUCUGGUGGGUGUCAGGAGCAUCAUGGCGAACCAGUGGUGGACGGCCCUGCAGGACAACGCGAUGCGGGCCAUUGUCCUGUGGGAAAGUGAGCAGUGCCCGCGGCCCCUUCGGCCCCCUGGCAGCCCGCGGGGUGUCAGCGGCCCGUCUGUAGGGACGUCUCUUCCGCAGAUCUGCUGGCAGGUGGCAAGCCCAUCGGGAAGACGACCCGUCUCCUUCAGAGGAGGGGAGCCGACGAACUUCCACAGAACUGGAAGGACAAGCUGGUGCUCCCGCAGCUGCAGCUGCAGGGCUCGGAGCGGCUGCCCUUCAGCCUCAACCUGGUCCUUUAUGGGCUGCCCCACCAGGCCAUCCUGUGAUGAGCUCCCCGCCCAGCCCACCUCUGCCCACCCCUCCCCACCUGCAGGCACCUGUCCCCUUCCUCUGUGGGCUGCCCUACCAGGUGGUCCUAUGAUGGCCCCCCCCAGCCCGCCUCUGCCCACCCCUCCCCCCCGUGGCACCUGUCCCCCUCCUGGGGUCUUCCCAGCCAAGGCCCCCCACCCAGUGCUGCAAGGGCCCCCGGGGAAGGGAGGAGAACGCCUCUGGGGGUGCGGGGGAGGGCAAGGAAUGAAUGCAUCAGGCCCAACCGUGCAGCUGCCCAGAACCCCAGGUCCCCGCUGCCCCUCGCACUCCCAGCCGUGUGCCAUGGUAGCAGGCGGCCCUCCAGACCAGGCCGGUGGCCCUGGUCCCCAGCCCCUGGUGCCCUGGCUCCUGGGCGAGAAACGCCACUCUGUUUCGUGCUGUAGUAAAUGGCUGUGCUCACCUCUGAAUUGCAGGUCUGUGAUCCAGGCAGUGGGGGCCAGCACCUCCCACCCCCCUCAGAACAAAGGGGACACAUGGCCUCACCCCAGAGCUGUUCCUCCGGGGCAGGGGCUCACAUCUCAGCACAGGUGACCGUGAGCUCAGGGCUUCCAGGGUCCCAGCCAGGGACCCUGCCCACUCAGUCCCCUGGGGCUUCGCCAAGGAGGCGGGAAGGAGCAGGAUGACCCCAACCAGGCUUCAGCGCCACCCGGGGGGCUGCUCCUAAUGCCUCUUGGCACAGUGGCCGGGCCUGGGGCAGGUGCAGGCUUGGUCUGGCCUGUGAUCCAGCAGCCCCCACGAAGCUGUGGGGGACAAGAGGGGACAGGUCGGGCCCAGGCAGGGGUAAGAGCCAGUGAGCAGGCGGGGGCCGGGACCCUGUUGCCCCUGAAUGAAGGGGCCAGAAACGGCAAAGUUACCGCGCCAGGGACCCUCGGGUGCCGACCUGGGACGCCAACCAUUGUCCUGCCCUUCUGCCACCCCCACUUCUUCUCAGUCUGUGGUUACCUCUGACAACUGGGCUGGGAGCCCCUCAAGAGGGGCACCUGGCGCUGCCAGGCUGUGCUGGGUGGCAGGUGUUUGCUGAGUGAAUGAACGAACAGACAUGCCCUCGAGGCCGAGCCCCAGGAGGCCGCAGGCUCCGUAUGGGCGGUGGGGUGACACGGCUCCAAGAGCCGGGAAGUGGGUGAGGGGCCACCUCUGAGGGCACAGCCCCCACAACAGGAGGAGCAGCAGUCACCUCCCCCAGAGCUGAGUGUCAGCCGCCACCUUUGUCGCUGCUACGGACAAAGCGAGCCCUGGGAGAGGCCACUGCCCCAGAGGUGGACACUGAGCUGGAGACGAGGGUGGCUGGAGAAGGCCAGAUGCCAUGGUCCCCAGGCAAGGUCCUCUCCACGCCCCAGGCCAGCCAGGUCCACGUGAAGGCACAGGCACACAGGCUGGAGGGGCGGGGGUGGGUCCCAGCCCACCUCGCCUCUGCUGAGGCUGGGCCCAGAGAGCGCAGUCCGGGACUCUGCCCUGCUGCUCCGCUGCCCUCUCCCUGUGGCUCCGGCAACUCCUAACAGGCUCCGCGCACGGGUAGGGUGUCUGCACCAGGGUCUUGUCCCCCAGUGUCCUGGGGACUUCCGGCCUCUGGGCACUACCUCUGGGGCCUCCCGGCAGCCGGACACAGCCAACCUGAAGGCCAGAGGUUGCCCCCCCCCCCGGCCGAUGGUCCCUGGUCACCACCUGCACUGGGAGGCCCAAGGGGUAAGCCGAUGAGAGGUGGCACAUCCCUGGAGGGUUCCCCUGGUACCUGUGGGCAGGCACAGUGCUCUGCCCUGACCUUGUGUCCCCGACUACACCUGGCGAGGCUGCAUCCUUGGGCGAAGGGGGACCAAUACUGCGACUUCCUGGGCCGGGACACAGGACAGUCCACACGGCCCCGCAAAGCUCAAAUUAAGACCAUGUUGAGAUUUCACUACUUUAUCUACUGAAACAGUUGAAAUGAAAAAUAGUGACAAAAACCAAACGCUGGUGAACUCGCAGGAAAUUGGGUCUCCUGCUGGCAGGAAUCUAGAAGGGCACAGGCCCUCUGGAAGCCAGUUUGGCCGAUUUGUCUAAGCUGUGCAUGCAGUUAGCGCACGCCCCAGGCGCUUAUCCCAGAGAUGGGGCUGCGUGUUCAUACAAGCAGCCGCACGUGAAGGGUUGCAGCCGCUCCAUUCCGUCAGAGCAAAAGCUAGAAGCAACCCGAAUGCCCUCGCCUUGUGUCACUGAGCGAACCACCCAUGUACUUGGACCAUCACGACACAAAGGAAGCCACCCGCGGACCCGGAGCUGAGUAGAGGAGCCAGCAUCAACGAGGUCACGCGCCUGGUGGUGGUCAUGUGACCUUCUCGAAGGAUGGACGGGGUGCACAUGGGAGCCUUGGGGUGAAGCCAGGCUCUGAAACUUGGCUGUGAGAGUGACACACAUCUAUACGUGAGAUGACAUUUCACAAAAGACACAGACACACCUAGAUAGACAGAUACAGACGCACAGAGGCGCCCACAGAGAUACAUACAUGCAGAUACACAAC